CGUGUCGGGCAGACUCCUCAUGGAUGCAAGCUGCCAGAGCGCUGGCCCCGCUGAGGCGACCUCCAUACAUCUGCUUUUCUCCUGUGCUGUUUUCCAUGGCGAAACUGUGGAGCCUUUCGCUUUAGGAGCUCGGCGCCCACACUCAAGAUGGCGCCAGCGGCACCUACUUCAGAGCAGCGCAGAGCAGUUGCGCCAUAGCAUCAUGUGCAGUUGUUUCUGAGGUACUAUCAGCUCUGGUUCUGGAAGAUCCUUUUUUUGAAUGAGUCCCUUGAGAAUGGAAGUACCUGGAGAGACCAUCCUGCUCUUAAAUGUAGUUUGGGACAGCACUCAAAGGCAGAACAGAUGAGGCAGCUUCCACAGGGCCUUUGGGAGCCUGCUGCAUGAUACAGACUAGCCACAGCACUUCAGUUAAGGUUUGGAUGCUCUAGCCAUGGAUCAGAAAGGUUAUCGACGAGGGAGUUACCAAAGCAGCACUAGUGAUGAAGAUAUGGUAGAAAUAGCAGGAGCAUCUCUGGACUUCUCCAUGGCGGAUGAUGACCCUCCACUCGACCGAGAGAUGGGAGGAUUUUCCUCAUAUAAUGGAGAAGGGAUGAACGGCACAAACAAAAUGAUGGAUUUCCUGGAGGAACCACUUCCUGGUGUGGGGACCUAUGAAGAUUUUAACACUAUAGACUGGGUGCGAGAGAAGUCCAGGGACCGGGACAGGCACAGAGAGAUUACCAGUAGAAGUAAAGAGUCAACAUGGGCCCUGAUACACAGCGUGAGUGAUGCUUUUUCUGGCUGGUUGUUGAUGCUUCUCAUAGGGUUGUUAGCAGGUUCCUUAGCUGGUCUGAUAGACAUCUCUGCCCACUGGAUGACAGAUCUGAAAGAAGGAGUGUGUCUGGCAGGUUUCUGGUUUAACCAUGAGCACUGCUGUUGGAAGUCUAACACAACGUUUACAGAUAGAGACAAGUGUCCAGAAUGGAAGAGCUGGUCACAACUUAUUAUUGGCCAUGGGGAGGGGGCGUUUGCAUAUAUUCUCAACUACUUAAUGUACGUUAUCUGGGCCUUGUUGUUCUCCCUUCUUGCUGUGUUACUUGUAAAGGGAUUUGCUCCUUAUGCCUGUGGCUCUGGAAUUCCAGAGAUCAAAACUAUCUUAAGUGGUUUCAUCAUUAGAGGCUACCUGGGCAAGUGGACGCUGAUCAUCAAAACCAUCACGUUAGUGUUGGCAGUGUCCUCUGGCCUGAGCUUGGGAAAAGAGGGCCCCCUGGUGCACGUUGCCUGCUGCUGUGGGAACAUCUUGUGUCAUCUCUUCACCAAAUACAGGAAAAAUGAAGCAAAGCGCAGAGAGGUUUUAUCAGCAGCUGCAGCUGCUGGUGUGUCUGUAGCUUUUGGUGCACCGAUUGGAGGAGUGCUCUUUAGCCUGGAAGAGGUUAGUUACUAUUUUCCUCUUAAGACACUGUGGCGUUCGUUCUUUGCUGCUUUGGUAGCUGCGUUUACUCUGCGGUCCAUCAACCCUUUUGGGAACAGCCGCCUAGUUCUCUUCUAUGUGGAAUUUCACAUGCCAUGGCAUCUUCUGGAGCUUAUACCAUUCAUCCUUUUGGGAAUAUUUGGUGGGCUUUGGGGAGCUUUCUUCAUUCGCAGCAACAUUGCCUGGUGCAGGCGACGCAAGACAACCAGACUUGGCAAAUACCCAGUGCUGGAGGUGUUUGUAGUGACUGCAAUCACAGCUGUUCUGGCCUUCCCCAAUGAAUACACCCGAAUGAGCACCAGUGAGCUGAUUUCUGAGCUAUUCAAUGACUGUGGGAUUUUGGACUCUUCCAAGCUCUGUGAGUACGUGAAUGAUUUCAACAGUACCAAAGCGGAUGACCUGCCAGACCGAGCUGCUGGCCCAGGAGUUUACACAGCUAUGUGGCAGCUGGCUUUGGCCCUUAUAAUGAAAGUCUUCAUCACAAUCUUCACCUUUGGCAUGAAGGUCCCUUCAGGUCUCUUCAUCCCCAGCAUGGCAGUUGGUGCUAUAGCAGGCAGAUUGCUAGGAGUAGGAAUGGAGCAGCUGGCAUUUUACCACCAUGACUGGGUCAUCUUCAGUGGCUGGUGCAGCCAAGGGGCUGACUGUAUCACUCCUGGCCUUUAUGCAAUGGUUGGGGCUGCAGCGUGUCUAGGUGGGGUGACUCGAAUGACAGUGUCACUGGUGGUUAUUAUGUUUGAACUCACUGGUGGACUGGAAUACAUAGUUCCUCUGAUGGCAGCAGCCAUGACCAGCAAGUGGGUGGCAGAUGCCAUUGGACGGGAAGGCAUUUACGAUGCCCAUAUCCGUCUCAACGGCUACCCUUUCUUGGAAGCCAAGGAGGAGUUCUCGCACAAGACGCUUGCAAUGGAUGUAAUGAGACCACGGAGGAACGAUCCUCCUCUGACUGUCAUCACUCAGGACAGCAUGACAGUAGAAGAUGUUGAGGCCAUAAUCAAUGAAACAACGUACAGUGGCUACCCGGUGGUGGUGUCACGGGAGUCCCAAAGGCUUGUUGGAUUUGUCCUCAGGAGAGACCUCAUCAUUUCAAUUGAAAAUGCCCGGAAGAAGCAGGAUGGCAUUGUGAGCACUUCAAUUAUUUAUUUCACUGACCACUCUCCUCCACUGCCUCCGAGUUCCCCAUCCAUGCUGAAACUCAGGAGCAUCUUGGACCUCAGUCCUUUCACAGUGACAGAUCAAACACCCAUGGAAAUUGUCGUGGAUAUAUUCCGCAAGCUCGGAUUACGCCAGUGCCUGGUCACUCACAACGGGAAGCUACUUGGGAUCAUUACCAAAAAGGAUGUAUUAAAGCACAUUGCACAGCUGGCUAACCAGGACCCAGAUUCUAUACUCUUCAAUUAAAGGCAGACUAAUAGGUAUUGUGUGUUCGACACAGAAGGAACUUUAUAAUUAAGAUCUUGAAUAUUCUUUCCUAUUUUUAUUGAGACCUUGGAACUGUUUUUGGCAUUACCUUCUAUGGAGCUGAAGAAGAUUAUAUAUAUAUAUAUAUAUUUUUUCUACAGGAUAACCAAUUGCACUACCUAAUCUGUGGAAAUUAAUCUUAUCUUUAGAGAAAAAGGACUUUAUUUACAUUCCUUUUAUGAAGUUGUAUUGGAAAGAUUCCAUGAAGGAGUAAAAGCAAAAUGCUACAGAAUUCUCUCUCUCUCGCUCUCUCUCUGUGCAUUCUUGUAACUAAUGUGGGGAGGAAAAGACAAGGACCCAGUUCUGGGUCUUCAGAAGCUUUGAAGGAGAAGGAUGAUUUUUGCAUGCAUCAUUCAGGUGGUGGCAGAAAAAUAUGAUUGUAACUCAGGGGCAGUGUAUUUCUGGUUAGCCACUUAGUCAUUCUAUUUUUGACUGUAGAAGGAGAAACAGAAGGAGAGAGAAAAAAGAAAGGGGGGGGGAAAGAGAGAAGACGGCUUUGUAACUGGCCCAGUAGAAGAGCUCUACUCCUUAGUUAUCAGUAUUGGCUAGCUGAGGACAUUUUGGUGAAAGAAGGAAAACAAACAAAAAAAUGCACCCAGAGAGCAGAUCUGCUUAAAACUGGACUCAAUAUUUGAUUGGGAAGAAGCUUGUUUUGGUUACUCUUUUGUGAAUGUAUUUAACUUCACUCUGUGGCUUGCUUGCUAGGAGAAUCUGAAGGAGGCAGGAGUUAAUGGUUGUAUUCUUGUCAUUUUUCUUUCUUAGAUAUAUGCCUAAGGAUUUCUCCUCCUGAUUUCUCUUGAUCCUGUAACUGAAAUGGCAAAGACUGAGUUCUAAGUUAUUGCCCUGGCUUUACUGCACUUCCAAACAAUCCCUGAUCACAUUAGAUAUUGCACAACUGACCUCUUAAUCAGCAGUGUGUUACGUUGUUAAGGAUGUCUUAAUGAAGACUCCUCUACCCAAGAUAUUUACAUAAAUGUAUAUUCUGUUCCCUGUUCUUCUCCCCAGUCCUGCUCCAAACUCAGGCUCAAAUCCUGACUCUAGGAUUGAGAACACUGCCACUUCAUGUAUGUUCACCACUUGAUCUCUCCUUUUACCAACAACUAUGCAAUAAAAACCCUUUCUGACCACUGUCAGCAAAAUGACUUGUCCCUCAGUUGUUCCAUUUCAAGUCUGUGCUUCUCAAAUCCCUGUCCUAGAUUUUAUCAAAUUAUUUUUUUUCUGUUAAUAAAAACUGAAAUUUUGAAAGUGUAUAAAUGCAUUUGGAAGCCAGUGGUAUUCACCAUGGCUUCCAUCUAGAGCAGGCUUUAUUUUACUGUCUGUGACUGAGGAUUGUUACUGGAAACAGAGCUUCCAUUCAUCUCUGGCUCACCUGGGCAUCCAAAAGGUAGCCUCAAGCCAACUGUCCACAUGAAGGGAGCCAGGCUCUCAUUGAGUGGUGGCCAAAAAUUAAGGAGUUGGAGAAAUGAGUGAGAACUCUAAAUCUGCUUCCUGAUGGACAAACCUCUGGCUGUUAAACACAUGUUGCACGUUGCACAAGCAUGCCUCUCUGGCAAUCUCAACUGAAGAGGCCAUGGCGACUAAACUGCCCUCAUCCCUGGCUGAAGUACCUUUGGAACAAGGCUGAGGCAUCACUGGCAGGAAGUGAUGAGGUGUCAACCUGAGACUGCUACCCCAGCCCAUGAUAAACCUAUUCUGUAGGUAAAUGUCUGGAAUUGGCAGGAAAUUUUACCCUCUUGAAAACUCUCGAGUAUAAACAAACUCUGCAUCUCUACUUUGAACAGAAGUCAUUUAUUUAUUUUUCAAAGCCAUCCAGCAACAUAUAUCAGUCACCACUGCUUUAACGCUGCAGUGAGAUGAUGUCUGCCAGUUGAAUUAUCGUAUGAUUGAAGUGGACUUGGACCAAAAUGUUACUACUGGAUCAGAGAAAUAAAUGUCUUGACUUUG